GUUUUUUUUUGGGGGGGGGGGGAACCAAAUAAUUGGGUGGCUUCUGGCAAAUCACCCCCGAAUCCGGCUCCGGAAGUUUGGCUCCGGCGCUGCAAGAGCCACUAGGAGCCUGCAGCCGGUGGAAGAAGUCAAGGAGCAAAGGGGAUAGAAGCCUCCAUCCAGCACGGCCGCUGUGGGAAGCCGGGAUAUCAGAGCUCCUCUCUGAGGCUCGAGGCGCUGCCGGGCGACGAUGGCCGCCUUCAAGCGGAGCCGGGCGCAGGCGUGGCCGGAGGAGCGCGGCGACCGCGAGCACGGGCUCUACAGCCUGCACCGCAUGUUCGACAUCGUGGGCACGCACCUGACGCACCGUGACGUGCGCGUCCUCUCCUUCCUCUUCGUGGACGUCAUCGACGACUACGAGCGGGGCAUGAUCCGCAGCGGCAGGGAUUUCCUGCUGGCGCUGGAGCGCCAGGGCCGCUGCGACGAGACCAACUUCCGCCAGGUCCUGCAGCUCCUGCGCAUCAUCACCCGCCACGACCUGCUGCCCUACGUCACCCUCAAGCGCCGGCGUGCCGUGUGUCCGGACCUGGUGGACAAGUACCUGGAGGAGACGUCCAUCCGCUACGUGACGCCGCGCGCGCACGGCGACGCCGAGCACGGCCUCGGCCACCCCCAGAAAUCAGUGCCUCCCCACCACCCCGUGGUCUGCUGCUCCGCGGCGGGACCCCAGAUCUGUACCAAGAGGCCCGGGCGCAGCAGGACCCUCCUGGGCAGCCAGCGCAAGAGGAGGAAGUCGGCGACGCCGGACCCCAAGGAGAAGCAGACCUGUGACAUCCGCCUGCGAGUGCGAGCCGAGUACUGCCAGCACGAGACGGCGCUUCAGGGCAACGUCUUCUCCAACAAGCAGGACCCUUUGGAGCGCCAGUUCGAGCGUUUCAACCAGGCCAACACCAUCCUCAAGUCCCGGGACCUGGGCUCCAUCAUCUGUGACAUAAAGUUCUCAGAGCUCACCUACCUCGACGCCUUCUGGCGCGAUUACAUCAACGGCUCCUUGCUGGAAGCCCUCAAGGGCGUCUUCAUCACGGACUCGCUCAAGCAAGCCGUGGGCCACGAAGCCAUCAAACUGCUGGUCAAUGUGGACGAGGAGGAUUACGAGGUCGGGCGCCAGAAACUCCUGAGGAACUUGAUGCUGCAGACGGCUCCUUGAUGCAGCCCCUUCCGUGGAGAUGAU